CGCCAUCGCCGCGCUACCGGCCGGCGGCGUGCUGGCCAGCGCCGAGCGCCGCGGCGUCCCCGCCUAGUCCCCGCGGCGGCGCGCGGCCGGCCUGGGCGGCGGCGGCCCGGGGAUGCGGAGGCGGAGGCGGCGGCUCGCGGAGAGGAUGCUCGGGCGCUGAGGAGACGCGGCAGGCGAGCGCCGGCCGCGCAGCGACGUCGGCCCCAUGGCGCAGCCCUCCAGCCCGGGCGGCGAGGGGCCGCAGCUGGGCGCGACGGGGGACUGCCGGGACGCGCUGAGCCUGGAGGAGAUCCUGCGGCUCUACAACCAGCCCAUCAACGAGGAGCAGGCGUGGGCCGUGUGCUUCCAGUGCUGCGGCUCCCUGCGCGCCGCCCGCCGCCAGCCCCACCGCCGCGUGCGCUCGGCCGCGCAGAUCCGCGUCUGGAGGGACGGCGCCGUCACCCUGGCGCCCGCCGCGGGCGAAGAGGGAGAGCCGCCCCCCGUCUCCGGUAAAUUGGGAUAUUCACAUUGUACAGAAACAGAGGUCAUUGAAUCCCUGGGAAUUAUUAUCUAUAAAGCAUUGGACUAUGGCUUGAAGGAAAAUGAAGAAAGGGAGCUGAGCCCUCCUCUAGAGCAGCUCAUCGACCAAAUGGCCAACACCUCGGAGGCUGACAGCAACAACGAUGAGGGAUACGAGGCUGCAGAUGAAGGCCCAGAAGAUGAAGAUGGAGGAAAGAGAAACAUCUCAGCUAUUCGGUCCUAUCAAGAUGUCAUGAAGAUAUGUGCUGCUCAUCUCCCAGCUGAGUCGGAGGCACCAAAUCAUUAUCAGGCAGUAUGUCGAGCAUUGUUUGCAGAAACCAUGGAACUGUAUACGUUUCUGACCAAAAUUAAGAGUGCAAAGGAGAAUCUUAAGAAGAUUCAAGAAAUGGAAAAGACUGAUGAAUCUAGCACAGAUCUGGAGGACCUGAAAAAUGCUGACUGGGCACGAUUCUGGGUACAGGUGAUGAGGGAUUUGCGAAACGGGGUAAAACUUAAGAAGGUGCAGCAGCGGCAGUACAACCCGUUGCCUAUUGAAUACCAGCUCACACCAUAUGAGAUGCUCAUGGACGACAUUCGGUGCAGAAGAUACACCCUGAGAAAAGUGAUGGUAAAUGGUGACAUUCCCCCUCGGUUAAGAAAGAGUGCUCAUGAGAUCAUCCUUGACUUCAUCAGAUCAAGACCCCCUUUAAAUCCAGCCUCAGCCAGAAAAUUGAAACCGACCCCUCCACGACCACGGAGCCUCCAUGAAAGAAUAUUAGAAGAGAUUAAAGCAGAGAGAAAGCUGCGACCUGUCUCACCGGAAGAAAUUAGACGGAGCAGACUAGCAAUGCGGCCACUUAGCAUGUCUCACAGUUUUGACUUGUCAGAUGUCACUACCCCAGAAUCUCCAAAGAAUGUUGGGGAAUCAUCUGUGGUGAAUGGAGCCUUAGCAUCUCAAACAAAAGAAAAUGGGCUGGGUGCUGCCCAGCCAGGACCUGCACAGCGGAAGAAACUCCUCAAGGCCCCGACCCUGGCCGAGCUGGACAGCUCUGACUCUGAGGAGGAAACUCUGCACAAGUCAACCAGCAGCAGCAGUGUAUCUCCCUCCCUCUAUGAGGACCCAGUACUGGAGGCCAUGUGCACAAGGAAGAAGCCUCCGAAAUUCUUGCCUAUCUCAUCAACACCCCAGCCAGAGAGACGGCAACCACCCCAGAGGCGCCAUUCCAUUGAAAAGGAAACACCUACAAACGUGAGGCAGUUUCUGCCGCCAUGCAGGCAGAACUCACGCUCCCUUGUUCCUAGGAUAAGCAGUGUAUGGCCAAGGACGCCUUUCCGACCACUUUUCUCUACCAUACAAACAGCUUCUCUGCUGAGCUCUCAUCCUUUUGAAGCAGCCAUGUUUGGGGUAGCAGGGGCUAUGUAUUAUCUGUUUGAGAGAGCUUUUACCAGCAGGUGGAAACCCUCAAAGGAGGAAUUCUGCUACCCAGUGGAGUGCCUGGCUCUCACUGUGGAGGAAGUGAUGCAUAUUCGUCAGGUCCUGGUGAAAGCAGAACUGGAAAAGUACCAACAGUAUAAGGAUGUCUACACUGCCCUGAAAAAAGGAAAGCUUUGCUUCUGUUGCCGGACACGGAGGUUUUCCUUCUUCACGUGGUCAUACACCUGUCAGUUCUGUAAGAGGCCCGUGUGCUCACAGUGUUGCAAAAAGAUGCGGCUGCCCUCCAAGCCAUAUUCCACUCUACCUAUCUUCUCAUUGGGACCUUCUGCCGUGCAAAAGGGAGAGAGUUGCCCGAGGUCAGAAAAAUCAUCCAGUGGUCACCAUCGGCCACUUCGAAGUAUCGCCAGGUUUUCCUCAAAAUCUAAAUCAGUGGACAAAUCAGAUGAAGAACUCCAGUUUCCCAAAGAGUUCAUGGAGGAUUGGAGUACAAUGGAGGUGUGUGUAGACUGCAAAAAGUUCAUUUCCGAAAUCAUCAGCUCAAGCCGGCGCAGCCUGGUGUUGGCCAACAAAAGAGCCCGGUUGAAAAGGAAGACACAGUCUUUCUACAUGUCCUCGGCAGGCCCCUCGGAGUACUGCCCCUCAGAAAGGACUAUCAAUGAAGUCUGAGCCCUGUGCCUUCCCUUCGCUGUUGUGUCCAGAGGGGCCUCAGUGCAGCAACGCUGCAGGACUCUGCAGGGGUUUUCUUUGACAGGCUCCAUCUGCAGCAGGUCAGGCUUGUGCUGCACCUGAGGCACAGACUCAAGGCUGUGUUUAUAUUGAUGGGUUGAUGGGACAGGACGAGGAGGUCAGCCAGUUGCUCAUUUGCACUCAGAAAGCCUAAAACUUGAUUUUGUGUGUGUGAAUAGGGAAGCCAGAAACUUCCUUAGUUCAGUUCCUCAAUGUUCUUCACAUAAUUUCCUGACUAAGGCACAGUGCUUCUCGUGUGUGAAGCCAGUCUGACAGAGUGUUGAUGUUAGCACAGUUCUCAGCAGUAAGUCAUAUUGGCAUUCCACUUGACAGUGUUCCUAUCCAUGUACAUAAUGCUCCAAAGUCCUGUGGCACAUGGGCUCCCUGGGGCCAGUGAGGUUGUCUACUGUCUCACAGCACAAACCUGGAAGGCCUUGCCGAUGACUCUACUCCUUCCGGGCUCUAGCAGCGUCCAGGGCAGAACAUCCAGGGAGCCGUUCAGGUGGCCACUUCUCUGAGUUGCUGGGCCUGCCCAGGCACUAUGCCUCACUGUCUCCCAAGCUGCUAACAGGCCUUCAUUCUCUGUUGUGAAUGUUUUAUAAUAUACGUUUAAAAAUUAAAAUUUUGUGGAUGUUUGAGGAAGAAGGAAGACUAAGAUUUUGUCAAGCAGCUAAGUGUGUUUUGGUAAACUGACAGACUGUGGCCGCAGAGGGGGCCGUAGAAAAGUUACGUCUCAUACAGUUUUAGCAGCAUUUUCCAUAACGUUAUAGCGUGGCCAUUGUGACGAAUUUACCACAGUUUGGUACCUGAAUCUCAAACUGAAGUUUAUUUUUAUAAAUGAAUUUUAAAAGAAAAAUCCUGGCUGUUUAAAAUUUCAAGAAAAUUGACCUGCUUGCAGUGCACAA